AUGUCCCGACGUUGCUGAGGGGAAGUGGCUGAUCAGCCGGAGUUGCUGCGGGACAGCGGGGCAGUGCGCUUGUGUCUGGGCGGAGGGGCCGGGCUUGCUCAAUGGUUUCACAUCGGACAGACAGUCACCAUGUCCAGAGGCUCCUUCGAGGAGGAAUUUCUGUACCGAGUCCCCUCUCAGGUCAUGUACCGCUUCUUCCACAUCAUGGACUCCUUGGAGGAGACGGACUGGAAGAAGUUUGCUUCCAUGAUCAUUCCAGACAUGACUGAACUCCGGCUCCUGGAGCAGCAGGGAUCUCGCUCUCGCACCGAGGAAGUCGUGUGGGCGUGGAGUAAUAGAAAUGCAGUGGUUGGGGAACUGCUGUCUAUCCUCAGAUCAUUAAACCUGUUACGGGCCCUUGAUGUCUUUGAAUCCUGGAGAUCAAGAUACGUGCCAGAGAGUACACAGAACUUCUCUCAGGCAAACCCUUUGCCUCCUCCAUAUCCGUAUCCAGGCCCUGAAAGCGCACCCUAUUUCCAGAAGCCCCAGACAAAAACUGACAGCCUACAGACACAGGCUACUAAUCCCUCAGACCUACCUCAGCAAUUGCCUCUUCCCGGGCCCCCUCCAAAAGCAUUUAUCUGCUCUUCCCACAGCGCCAGCACAGGGGGCAGCAGUGAUUGCUCUGGCAGCCAAAUCCAUUCUUCUGUGCAGGAAUCCUUUCUACCCAGCGAUGUACGUGAUCUGCCAAGGCAGUUCGUUUGGCGCUUCCAGGAGCUGGUUGAUGGCACGAGAAACUUCUCCCAGUCUCUGCUGAUCGGGGAGGGCGGAUUUGGCUGUGUGUAUAAAGCGACCAUGCGGAACACUGAGUAUGCAGUCAAGCGGCUGAAGCAGGACUCCGAGCUGGAGUGGAGCACAAUGAAGAAGAGUUUCCUUACGGAGAUAGAGAAACUGACUUGCUUACGGCACCCAAACAUAAUCGACCUGGCAGGAUAUAGCUUCCAGGGGGAAGAAUAUUGCCUUAUUUAUCUUUAUCUACCCAAUGGUUCUUUGGAAGACCGGCUGCACCCUCAGGGCAGAUUUCCCAAACUCCCCAUGGAGCAGCGGAUUAGCAUCCUGCAGGGAGCAGCUUGCGGCCUUCAAUACUUGCACAACUAUCAGCCCAGCAUCAUCCAUGGGGAUGUAAAAAGCUCCAAUAUUCUACUGGACCAAGCCUUCAUGCCGAAACUGGGUGACUUUGGGCUCGCACGAUUUAGUCGGUACACAAGCAACGCAGGCAACAGUCGCACGUUGGCACGGACCAGCACAGUGAAGGGUACCCUGGCAUAUCUGCCUGAAGAGUAUGUGAAAAUGGGGAAACUCACUUUUGAACUGGAUACAUACAGCUUUGGAGUUGUUCUACUGGAAAAUCUGACGGGAAGGAAAGCUAUAGAGAGUGACAGCAAGUCUCACACCAAGUAUCUGAAGGAUCUAGUGAAGGAAGAAGAGUGCAAGGAUGAGGAGGAGGAAGAAAAAGGAGCCAGCAUGGCAAGUGGAGCAGAAGCCAAGCUAGCACGGGUGGCAGCACGCAUAUGCCAAUAUCACCUAGAUUUCAGAGUAUGGCAGCACGCUAAAGAAGUAACGCAGGAACUCUCACAACUGGCGUGUCGGUGUCUGGGACGUCAAAAGAAGAGACCGAAUAUGCAGGAGGUCUUUCUCACCCUAAAGCGGCUACAAGAGCAUCUCCACCGACGACAUUUGGGAAAGGGUCAUGGAAUUUCUUUUACUCCACCUUGCGUAUCCACCAGGCGAGGAUUUUCCCCCAUACAUGAGCUGGCAUCUAGUGUCCAGGAUUUGCCUCUCACCCCUGAGGAAAACACAGACAAAUAUACUCCCUGUGGGCUUUCAGUUAAGGGCAGUGUUCAACCCUACACCCCAGCUCACACCCAGCACCAGGCCAAAGUGGACAGUUUAUGCAGUUCAUUUUCCUGCCAAAGCCUCAAAACAUUUCGGGGCGCUCAGAACACACCAGUGGAGAGUGAUGAAAGCUUCCCAGAUUUUAGUGGCUCUGAUAAUUCAGCGGGACCAAGUGACCAACAUAUUCUCUACCCCAGCGGAGUGCAAGGGAGCAUAUCGCCUGUAUUACCAAGGGUAUCUGUCCAGGACCCAAUUCCUCCUGUGCAGUACCAGAACCAAUUAGCAGUUCAGCCCAGGCAGAGACAUUACUGCAAUGAACUGUCAGGAAGUGGCAGCUCAACAUCAGGGGCAUCCCAAGCUAUCUUUGUGCCACAUCACCAGAUCGUCAUAAAUCCAGCCAAGCAGAGAUUCGUGGAGCAGCUGGCACUGUAUGAUCAGGGGAAAAUAAACAGCCUAGAGCUUCUCUCAUCUGGAAUGAGUCCAGGGGAAAACUUGGAAAUCCAUGGCCCCGAGGAGAGCGAUGACUUUACCAGUUAGUUGAACAGUACAAAAUAAUAUACUCAAAACAGUAAUGACUUUUUUUUGUGAAGUUCUCAGUACGAAUCUGAUGCAGAAAAGCUCCCUUCGGAGACACCAAACAAAGGAAAUGUUGCUAAAUCUUGGAGAAGUUCUCAGUAAGUGCCUAUGGGAUAUGCAGUAUGAUUGUACCCACAUCCAUGGAACAGUAUUUUAGGCUACCCUCAGAGUGGCUUCCUGUAAUGUGUAAAGCAGUUUUCCAAAUAACCUUGAGCCAUGAAUUUGGAGCAGGGGGCACACGAUAGCGGGAAACUUUUAUUUUUGUCUCUUUUUUUUUUUUUGUAUUUAUUGUCGUUUUAUUUUGCCUAGUAAACUAUUUGGUACUUAGAAUUGUUGUUACUUGCUUUAAGCCACAGCCUAUGACCCCAUAUGUCAAAUCCUUCCGCAAACACAAUGUCGACCCCCUCAGCCAGCUUUAAAGGUCAAGCUCUGUGACCUUCCAAGUGCACCAGAAAGUGGCAACCUGUCUGCAUUGUCACCUCUAAAUGUAAAGGACGUUUAAUGCCAGAAGUAGAGCUUUACAGCCCAUUAGGCGCCCCCUUUAAUCUGCACAUUUCUCUCUACAAUCAUCCUGAGCAACGUAAUUCGAGGAGGUUCUAUCAAAAAUGUAAUAAAUCUUCAUGUGGAUCAUCAGGUCUCAUUAUCUUGCAUGGGUAGAUUGGUCAGGCCUGGGCUAGAGUUCCUUUAUCUAGUUAAAAUGCACAAACAUUUCUUUCUGGAAGUAACUUUGUGGUGCAACGUUGAGCCCAUAGAUGUGCCAGAAAAUAUAACCUAACAAAUUAAUUUAACACUUUUCUGAUUUGUAAACUUGCACAUCCCUUUAAUAUGCUGCCAGUAUUUACUCAUUAAUAUAUAACCUAAAUGGAGGGGGGCUUUGCUUAGAGUUAUUAUAUUAAUAAGUUCUGAGUGGAAUAAUUUGCCUUGGGUAAAUUAUCCACUUAUUUACUUAGUUAAAUAUUUUACCUCACCACCAGGACUGGGUUUACCUUUAAUGCAGCCCUAGGCUGUGAUGAUGCCCCCGCCCAUAGCCAACUUGUGACUCGGGUCAGAUCACAUGUCAACACCCAGCAGGGUGUUAGUAAUGAGUUUGUUAAAAACAAAUCUUUCAUACAUUCCAAAUAUGGAGGUUUUAAAAACAGGAAAACUGAGGCCUUAUUACUAAUGCUUCCAUGCCACCAGGCCUGGACUGGCAAUCUGUGGCUUCUGACAAAUGCCAGAGGGGCUGCUGUAAGAUGCCAUAGACAGUCACUAUUUAUUGGGCUGGUGGGGGCUGUUUGGGCCUCUGUGUACUUGAAAUGCCAGGGCCUAUUUUGUAUCUCAGUCUCUACCUCCUCGCCACUCCCUGUUACACCCAGACACCCCCCCAAAUCACCAGAAACCCCACCUGUUCUUCAUUAAUCUUUUGUUUAUUUGGGGCUGUUAAGUGGAUAUCUGGGCCACUGUGAGAUGUAAUAUUUUAUUUUUUCUUAAAUAGGGACUCCAAAUAUCUUUGCUGCCCUAGUACUGGGCCUGCAUGGUCCUGCGACAGAUCUGGGAUUUGUAGAAUACUCAUGACCUGCGAUUGUAGAAUAAAAUCUCCUAGGUAUUUUUUUAAUCUUAAAAAUUGAGAUAUUGUAAGAUUUUCUAUAGACGCUUAUUUAUUUAAGCAUCCAGCAAACACUGCCAGACCAUUUUUAAAGGGGAACUGUCAUUGCACAAUAUUUAUAUUGGGAGUUUCUUUUCACAAAGAGGUUUUAUUCGAGACAUAAAUGAUUUAUUAGUGUGCUCCCUCAACCUCAUAUUCUGUUGAUCCUUCAAACAAUCCAUGCUGCGUCAAUGAUACAGUCUAUGACUUCCGCUGGAAUCAGCCAAUUGGAGCAGGUGAAAUCUGUUGGUGACUCGCAGCAUGAGUGUGUUGUUUGCAGCUGGAAUAAAGUUAGGUUGAGGGGCUUGCAAAUAAAUCUUUAAAUGAAUAAACAGCUGUAAGUAAAAAUAAUAGUAAUAAAGGGUUUAUCAAACAUUCACUACAGUUUAUUGGAUUGUUUUAUACAGACACACUUGCUCUAACACUGAAAAGAAGUGUGCCAGAAAUGAUAUUGAAAUAUUUAGAUUGGGUCCCUGUAAGUAAAUCACAGUCCCCCGCACCUCUGUGGGACAUGCAGUAGCAGUGAUGUAAUUCUAUGUGGCUGGCCCCCUUGCAAAAAAAAAAUCUUUGGAGGGGCCUGCUGUGCACAUCCACCCUUACCUAGCCCCACUUGCCUGCGUUCACAUUCGCCCCCCUGCUUCCUGCCAGCUCUCAGGUAGGAAAUUGGUGAUUUCUAUAGAGAUAGCAGACCCCGCAGUAUGCCCCCCCCCCCCCCCAUCCCACACCCAUGACAGUGGGAUCUACAAUCUGCUAAAUUUUGGCUUUUUGCAUGUAAGUUCAAAUUGUACUCUACUGUGCUCAGACCAACUGGCCGCAAUGUAUCCAUGGGUCAGAUAAAAAGAAGGCGGCACUUACUAGAAUUGUACCAUGGACUAAAGUCCUGCAUCUGGUCUGCAAAACUGGAUAACCUGCGAGUUGCGAUAAAAGUAAAAUGCAUCUGGGUUCACCACAGGCUGGUAAAUAUAUUAGUGUUGAGAGGUCUGAGCCUAGUGAUCAGUGGAGUAACUAUCAAUACAACUGGCCCCUGCAGUUACACAGGGCGGAAGGUGUGGUGCGAGAGGGGCGGGGGAGGAGGGAAUGCUCACAUCGGGGCCCCCCUCAGAAGAUUUUUUUGCAGGGGGCCCACCAGGACAAAGUUACGCUACUGUUAGUGAUUAUAAGCACUGGAGGUGGCACCCUAAAUUAGGAAUGCACCAAACCCAGUUUUUUGGGUUUGGCCAAAUCCACCCCAACGGCUAAUUAGGAUCCAGAAGGGUUAAAAAUCGCCACGUGUGCAGCAUGCAACAAAUUUUUUUUCCCCCUAACAUUUUACCCUUUCCGAAUACUAAUUAUUAUAUUAUAUUAAAAAUAUGCUAGUUUAUGAGGAUUCGGUUCGGCCAGGACCAUGGAUUCGGCCGAAACCGAACCCUGCCAAAUCCUGGCCGAAUACCAAACCGAAUCCUAGAUUAGGUGCAUCCCUACCCUAAAUUGAUUAACCCUUUCCCGGUUCCACUGAAUAGAAUGGAAAAUGGCAUGCCCAUGUUUAUAACUUCCUGGAUACUGGGUUACUAGAUAACAGAUCCGACACCCGAUGACGUUCGAAUGGUUUUGGUCCAUAAGACAUUUCCAUUUGCCCUUUCCUAAGUCUUCUCCAUUCCCUGCUCACUAACGUAGACACAAGCCCGUGUCACUAACACACCCAAGGUUACAGUUUCCACCAAAUGUGCAGCGUUUCCUACAGUCGCACACAAGGGAGGAGGGGAACUGGCAAAGGGAGAUGCUCCAUGAGCCAACAAUCACAGAUCUGUGGUGGUUCCAUUUGUACAAUGCUUGGUCAUUAUCUGCUUUGUAACCCAUAUUUAUUAAUAACUAGAGGUGGCUCAUUGGCUGCAAAUAGGAGCAGGGGUCCUGGAAUGUUACCCAGGUAGUCAAGACUUAUAAUAAAUCAUUAUUAAAAAUACAUUCUGCAGAUGGAACAUUUUGGCAGAACAAUAAAAUGUAUCACCAGCCUCA